AUGCUCGCUGCUGCCCUCCGUCCCACACUCGCCACGACCCGCCUCAACGUCGCCCGCUCCAUGGGCGGCGUGGCCAAGUUCACGAAGUACGACUGGGAGGACCCAUUGAACAUGGACAGCCUCCUGACGGAUGAGGAGAGGGCCAUCCACGAGGUCGCCAAGAACUAUGCGCAGGAGAAGCUUGCGCCUCGCGUGCUCAACGGAUGGCGGACGGAGAAACUCGACCAGUCGAUCCUCAAGGAGAUGGGCGCACUCGGCCUCCUCGGUCCCACUAUCAAAGGCUACGGUUGCGCCGGCACAAACUACGUGUCGUACGGCCUGAUCAUGCGCGAGAUCGAGAAGGUGGACUCUGGCUUCCGCUCGGCCAUGAGCGUCCAGUCGUCCCUGGUCAUGUCGGCCAUUAGCCAGUUCGGCAGCGAGGCCCAGAAGGAGAAAUACCUCCCUGGUCUGGCGACAGCCGAUAUCAUUGGAUGUUUCGGUCUGACCGAGCCAAACCACGGCUCGGACCCGUCGUCGAUGGAGACGACCGCGACCAAGACCAAGGACGGGUGGAUCAUCAACGGCGCCAAGACGUGGAUCACCAAUGCGCCCUUUGGAGACUUUUUCAUUAUCUGGGCUACGACCGUGGAGAAUGGUGUGCGCGGCAAGAACCGCGGGUUCAUCGUUCCCCGCGAAGCUGGUCACAUUGAGACUCCCCAGAUCACCAACAAGCUCGCGCUUCGUGGCUCGGUCACCGGCUCGGUGUUUAUCGACAACGUCCACAUUCCCGCUGAGAACGUGCUUGAAAAGUCCAACGGCCUCGGCGCCCCGUUCUCGUGUCUCAACCACGCACGCUUCGGGAUCUCUUGGGGUGUCAUGGGUGCUCUCGAGGACUGCAUUGAGCGGGCGCGGGCGUACGCUCUUGAGCGUCACCAGUUCAACCGGCCCCUCGCAUCGUUCCAGUUCGUCCAGCGCAAGCUCGUCGACGCCAGCACACAGGCGACCUUUGGCCUCCUCGCUGCCCUUCAGCUCGGUCGCCAGAUCGACAAGGGCGAGUAUAACCCCGAGAUGAUCUCGAUGCUCAAGCGCAACAACUGUGGACAGGCUCUGCAGCAGGCGCGCGUGCUCCUCGACAUCUUUGGCGGAAACGCCUGCUCGGACGAAUACGGCGUCGGCCGCCACGAGGCAAACCUCCAGGUGUGCAACACCUACGAGGGCACGUACGACGUGCACACUCUCAUCCUCGGCAAGGCCAUGACGGGCAUCAGCGCGUUCGCCAACUAG